AUGGCCAACGCUCUUGUUACUCCUUCUCUCGCUCAUUUCAAGUUGCCUGAAAUCCACAAUGAACCUAUGCUCAACUAUGCUCCUGGUUCACCCGAAAGAGCCAAGUUGGAAGCUGCUCUCAAGGAAAUGAUGGCUCAAGGUCCUGUUGAAAUCCCUUUGGUUAUCAAUGGUGAAAAGAUCUAUACUGGAAAGACUGCUGAUCAAUUGAACCCCUCUGAUCACAAGAAGGUCGUUGCCAAAUAUCAUCAAGCCGAUGCUGUUUAUGCUCAAAAGGCCAUUGACGGUGCUUUGGCUGCCAAGGCUCAAUGGGAAGCUCUUCCUUUCAAUGACCGUAUUGCUGUCUUCUUGAAGGCCGCUGAUUUAUUAUCUACUAAAUACAGAUACAAGGUCAUGGCUGCUACUAUGCUCGGUCAAGGCAAGAACAUCUGGCAAGCUGAAAUUGAUGCUGCUGCAGAACUUUGUGAUUUCUGGCGUUUCAACUGCAAAUAUGCUGAAGAGAUCUACACUCAACAACCUCCCAAGAAUGCUCCCGGUAACUGGAACCGUACCGAAUUCCGUGCUCUCGAAGGUUUCGUUUUGGCCAUUUCUCCUUUCAACUUUACUGCCAUCGGUGGUAACUUGCCUUCUGCUCCUGCUUUAAUGGGUAACGUUGUUCUCUGGAAGCCUUCUCCUUGUGCCGUUCUCUCCAACUAUCUCGUCUACCAAAUCUUGGAAGAAGCUGGUCUCCCUGCUGGUGUCAUCCAAUUCAUUCCUGGUGAUGCUCAAGAAAUCUGUGGUCAUGCCAUUGCCACUCCUGACUUCUCUUCUCUCCACUUUACUGGCUCUACUCAUGUGUUCCGCAAGUUGUGGAAGGAUAUUGGUAACAACAUUGAAAAGUACAAGAGCUAUCCUCGUAUCGUUGGUGAAACUGGUGGUAAGAACUAUCACUUACUCCACCCUGGUCUUGACCAAGCUGGUGUUCGUCACGCUGCCUUGCAAACCAUCCGUGCUGCCUUUGAAUACCAAGGUCAAAAGUGCUCUGCUUGUUCUCGUGUCUACGUUCCCGCUUCUUUGUUUGCUGACUUCAAAAAGUUCAUUGUCGAAGAACAUGCCAAGAUCACUCAAGGUCCCGUUCACGAAUUCCAACACUUUUGCGGUCCUGUCAUCAACAAGAUUGCCUUUGACAAGAUUAAGGGAUACAUCAACCAUGCUGUUGCUGAUGACAACUGUGAAGUGAUUGCUGGUGGCAAGUGUGAUGACUCUGUUGGUUACUUUGUUGAACCUACUGUGAUCGUCACCAAGGACAAGUUCACCAAGACAAUGAGAGAAGAAAUUUUCGGUCCUGUUGUCACCAUCUACGUUUAUGAAGAUGCCGACUUUGAAGGAACCUGCAAGCUCAUUGGUGAAACCACCGAAUACGGUUUGACCGGUGCCUUGUUUGCCAAGGAUCGUACUGCCGUCGUCCAAGGUUCUAACUUGCUUCGUAACACUGCUGGUAACUUUUACAUCAAUGACAAAUGUACUGGUGCUGUUGUCGGUCAACAACCUUUCGGUGGUGGACGUGCUUCUGGUACGAACGAUAAGGCUGGUUCUUGGUCUCUCUUGGUUCGUUUCGUCUCUACUCGUUCUAUCAAGGAAAACUUUGUUCCCAUCGAAUCAUUUGCUUAUCCUUCCAACGCUCUUUAA